GACAGAUGGUAAAAAAAAAAAUCUUCUCCCGUCCUUCUGUGAAUGAAUGAACAUACCAGAGACAUUCUGCCGCUGCCCACAUCCUGAGAUUUUCUGUCUGUGAGAAACUGAGGGACGCUGUUUGUUGAGAGGAGUCGACGCCGAGGCUGCUUUUCUGCCCCCAACAGCAUCACCGGUCCACUGCACUCCUGAGGAGCCCGCCGCUCUCGUCAGGCAUUUCUUCUUCUCCGCUCUCUACUCCCCCAACUCCAUCGCUGCUCUCAGAUCAACGUCCUUCAGCCAGUGAAGAAACAAUGCUUAUCUGGUCUCCUCAUGGCCGUACCAGGACCACCAUCACCGUCCUCCAGUCACAGCUGAUGUUCAUCCUGGCCCUGGCUCUGCUGUUCUGCCCCUUGGGCUUGGUGACAGUUCAGGGGGAGAGCCAGACCCAGUCUCCUGCCCAGGUGCUCCAGGACCUGCUGGCCCGCUAUGGCGACAACAGCACCAUCACAGUGCCCCAGCUGCGGUCUCUGCUGGCCCUCCUCAGCCAGGGCCAGGGUGAAGGUGAAAACGACAGCAGCAAUGUGGCUGAGACACCUACAAGCACACCUCCCAAAUCCAACAGGUCCAAGUGCUUGCCUGCAGACACGUUGGCUAUUUACAGCAUUAGCGAGCAGUCACACCUGGAUGGCCAGGGUCUCCAGGAGCUUUGCCCCACCAUGCUGCAGCAGUUGGACGCCGGCACCUGCAGGGGGCAAAAAGACGAGACACUGAACAGUGACCCCUCCCCCAGGCCCUCAGACGCUGAAGUGUGGGGUUAUGGGAUCCUGUGUGUGACACUGAUCUCUCUGUGUUCGCUGGUCGGGGCGAGCGUGGUGCCCUUCAUGAAGAAAACCUUUUACAAGCGACUGCUUCUCUACUUCAUAGCCCUGGCCAUUGGCACUCUCUACUCCAACGCCCUGUUUCAGCUCAUCCCAGAGGCCUUUGGUUUUGACCCCAUGGUGGAUUUCUACGUGUCCAAGUCUGCGGUGGUGUUUGGAGGCUUUUACCUCUUCUUCUUCACUGAGAAGGUCCUCAAAGUGCUUCUCAAGCAGAGACACGGGAGCCACGGCCACAGUCAUUACCCCGGUGCAGAUCGUUACUCGACACCAGACAGGGAUUUGGAGGAGGGCGAGAAGGAGAAGCUGCAGCAGAACGGAGAAGCCAGCAGUCUGGCUCUGGGCAAGGUGGAUGCAGGGGAGGGAGAGCUCAUGCUCAGCCCUGCACAGACGCCACAGGACUCCCAGAGCCCAGACAGCGGGGGGCGGUCUGGAAGCAGCGGCGGUGGCUGCUAUUGGCUGAAGGGGACGACCUACUCUGACAUCGGCACACUGGCGUGGAUGAUCACGCUAAGUGACGGCCUGCACAACUUUAUCGACGGUUUGGCCAUCGGCGCCUCCUUCACCGCCUCCGUCUUUCAGGGCAUCAGCACCUCCGUGGCCAUCCUGUGUGAGGAGUUCCCCCACGAGCUGGGAGACUUUGUGAUCCUGCUGAACGCUGGCAUGAGCUUACAGCAGGCCCUGUUCUUUAACUUCCUGUCGGCCUGUUGCUGUUACCUGGGCAUGGGCUUUGGCAUCCUGGCUGGCAACAGCUUCUCUCCCAACUGGAUCUUCGCCCUGGCUGGAGGAAUGUUCCUCUACAUCGCUCUGGCAGACAUGUUCCCAGAGAUGAACGAGGUGAGUCGCGAGGAAGAGGACGCGGGCGGCAGCAGCUUCCUCCUCACCUUUGCCAUCCAGAACGCCGGCCUGCUGACGGGCUUUUCCAUCAUGCUCCUCCUCACCACCUACUCUGGACAGAUACAGCUGGGCUAGCGCCAGAUUCCUCUGGACCAACACCAGCUGUGACCAGUGUGGAAUGACUCUGGGACGUCAGCUGGUUUGUACUGGUGGAAACUGGCCCCAG